CGCGUCAUUUUUUUCCCGCGUUAUCAGAACGCAACGUUACAGUGCAACCGUCAAAAGCGAAAUAAUCGCUCUUUAACAAACUAUUUUUUGAGUGGAAGUUGACCAUUUCCGUCUCGGUAACUGUAUCUUUACGAUCUACGUUAACUUCACGUUAUUUAUUAAUAAUAAAAGCUAUGUAAAAUUUCCUCCUGAAGUCCGCUGAAGCGUCAGUCAUUAUCUGAGGUCAUCGUCUGUGCAUCAUGGCUCCUUUGCAGGACCAUCAGGUGGAGAAACUGGUGGAUGAGGCUUUUAAACACAAUAAUUUUCAGGACCUAGAAAAAUUCUUACAAAAGGAAAACAAGGAAGAAAACACUAUAAAAUGUUCCAGACAAUUCAUGACCAAGCUGGAUAAGCUUUUCAUCAGGGAAAUGGGUCUUGGAAAUGUGGACAAUGCUUGUCUGGUGCUUACUGUUUUACACAAAUAUGGCGAGAUGCUGGUGUUUCCAAGCGGUGGAGGAGUAUCUGUGAUGGUUGCCCAGGGAUUUGUUAAGAAGAUGGUGCAGUGGUUCGAGAAGGCCAGAAAGCUGUGGGUGGAGGCAGGGUCAUCAAGAAAUGAGACUAUGAUAAAGCUGGCUGAGGACUUCUUUGAUGCGCUGAUGGUUGUUCAUGAAAGUUGUAAAGAAGGUUCAUAUGAAGUUACCGAAGCUCUGCUUAGUCACAUUGGCAAACUGGCCUCUGAUGCACAAAUAAACAUCAUGAUUCAGAAGGAGGCAGCAAGGAAGCUCAAUGCUAUUCUGGAAAAGAUUCCCAUGGAGCUGAAAAAGAAAAAGAAGAUCUUGUCAACCCAAGAGGCUUCGUCUAUGAUGAAUGCAGUGGCCAGUCAGAUCCUCAAAGGUGGAGAUUAUGAUUUGCAGGUGUCUUUAAUGGAGGCCCUCUGCAGAAUGGCUUCACUGGCUCAGAGAAAUCAGCUAGCUGACUCCUGGUUUACAAUGACCUUCGUCUCGUCUGCAUUCAAGAAAAUCAAGGAUUCAGAGUUUGAGACUGACUGUAGGAAGUUUCUAAAUAUGGUCAAUGGCAUGCAAGGAGAUGGGAGAAGCGUGUACUCCUACCCUUGCCUGGAGGCAUUUUUGGACAAACAUGAGCUGCUCAUGCCAGAGGACAAGAAUCUGGAAGCUUUCUGGAUUGACUUUAAUCUAGGAAGUCAAAGUAUCUCUUUUUACUUCUGUAUGACUAAUAAGAAGGCCCAGGAUGGCCAGUGGAGCACUCUGUGUAUAGUUGAAAAUGAGGUCCAGAGUUACACAGUAGAAGAGGAGAGUGGCAAGAAGGUUCUUCGUCUGGUUCUGACUGAGCCAGCCUGCUUCGACAACUUAGAGGGCUCCAGAGUCACCAUCAAAUUCAGCUCAUCUCUAGACAUCCUGCGAGCCACUGAGAGUGUUUAUGGGCAGGCUAAGAACAGGACGUCUGUUAGGAAGUCCUCUAUUGUGAAAACACCUGUUCACGUCAACCUAAGUUCACAGGAAAGUUCACAGGUUUUUGUCCCUGAAAGUCAAGUGUCCCCCUCUCUGCUUGUAGAGGGAAAAGGGUCAUCAUCAGUCAGGCACAGCAUUCCCUGCCAGCCUCUCACACAUCCAACACCAGAUACAAACAAUGUGCCCCUACAGAUGGUAACCCCUAUAAAGAUGAAGGUGUCUGAGUCUUGCAUGUAUAUUUCUGGCAGUGUGGGAAGUAAACAGGGGAGCUGUUCCUCCAUCUGUGUGCUACCUUCAGUGUCAAAGCUAAUGGUGAAACCAGCUCUUCAGAUGAUGAGCUCUUCAGAGAGGAAGAAGGAAAUUGAACUUAGAGAACUCAUGAUGUGUAAAACAUCUUCCAGUGUGCCUUCUCUCAGUUUUCAGUGCGAGAAUAACCAAAAGAAGGCCCAUGCAAUUCAAGCACAGUCGACCCCUGCUGCUCAUAAUGAAAACCAACAGAAAAUCCAGGGCAUAAAGGCUAAAGGAAAGAAGUACCACAAGCAUAUUCCUGUAGACAAAGUAGUACAGAUGGUGCAAGCUGACCAAGAAGAAUACACUUUUGAUAACAGCAUAGUCCCAGACUCCCAACCUGUGAGAAAGGGAAGCUCAUUUUCACCUGCUAUCUGGAGCUUGAACUCUAGUAAAAGGAGAAUCUCUGUAUCCGGAUCACUGCUGGCUCUGCAAAAAGAUUGCUCUAAAAACUGCACUAUAUCAGAUGGUAGUUCUCAUCCCCCUCCUCAGCGUCUGUCCCCGGCACAGUGUACGUCCAAAGCCCUGACCCAGAAGCAGCUGCACACCCAGCUCACUCAGAGAUUGGAGGAGGUGGUGAGGGAACAGCAGGGUCCAGAUGGCCGUACUGCCCAGAGAGGCUCCUCACUGGAGCCCAGGACUGCAGGUCAAGAGAAAGAAAAUAUGGAGAAAUCAGUGAAGUCCAUGCCUGCUAGACCUGCACAAGCGAGAAGGAAGAGUAGUGCAGUUCAGGGCUACACAUCAGACCAUGACAAUAUGGCACAUGCUGCAGAUGGUAUGGUGAAAAUGAUAUCCAGUCAUUAUAAGAGCACUGCCAAAGCAGCAUCCCAUGAAUCUGAGGGUCCGUGUAAUAUCGGGUCUACAAACAGAUAUCUGCUCAAUAAAAGCUGCUGUCCAUCCUCCACUGAGAAAACUGCUGCCAAGAGCUUGCACAAAACACAAGACAAAGCCAAGAAGGAGUUCCAGCAGCUUGAGGAUGUUUAUGCAUUUACAGAAGACACGCCAAAAAUCAGUGUGAGAAAGAAAUCCUCUGAUACAUCCAGAGUGGAAAGCAGUCCAACAAGUAAUCCUCAGACUCUCUCCAAGUCUGCUAAAAGACAUCGGCUUACAAAGGCUGCCAAGGCAAAUGAGAAGAAAAAGCUGUUCAGUGAUACGGACACAGACAACAUGACAGAAAUUAGCUGGUUACACUCAGCCAACAGGAAACCCAAGCCCAAAGUGGCAGACUACAGCAGGCAGCCGGUUAAACCCAUCUUUCCACCAGCUGACACUGCAUUUAAAUCACCAUAUACACCUUUGCCUUCGCCAAAACCAGUGAAAGAACAAAUCAAGCCAAAGCGGAAGAGACAGAAGAAAAUGGCUGAACAGAAGGAUAAAAGGCAGCCAAGCAUCAAUAAUAAGAAAGCCACAGGACGACCUCAAAGAGCUGCAGCCUUGACCAGAACCUACAGAGAGACGUCUGACUCAGACAACCAGUCCAGUCUGUCAGAGAGCGAAAAAGCACCACCCCCUAAGAAAAAAGCAGUUGGGCGAGCAGCAGCGCUUCAGCAGACUGUCCCAGCUCGAGCCACAGAACAAGGAGAAAAGAGAGGGAAAACCUCUGUAGACAUAGCCAAACGACAAAAUGAGAAGAACGUACAGAAAAAGGCAGAUAAAGUCUUUACAAAGAUUCUGGGAGGUCAGAGAAAUGAUAAAGGCAAAAAGAUGUGUAGUCCAGAACAUCUUACAGUGAAGAAGAUGACGUCUGAGAAGGGGUCUGCUCAGGGGUCAGUCAGAAGACAGAAGGAAUCUUGGGCUGCAAGAUUAUCUUCCACAUUCGCCUCGCCUCCCUCCGUUGAGAUGAUGAGAUCAGGUGAAAAACUAAUGACCAACUUGAGGUCCAAUGCUACACCUCUCCGUUCUCUGUCCAUCUCUCCAAUCGAAGCCGACUCUUCUCCACUACAGCCUCUCGGUUCUCUCAAAGCCUCCUCUCUCUGUAAAACCCCAGGGAAUAGAGCUGCUGUGAAACUGCCAUAUCACACCAUAACACCUGUUUCCACAACCUCAAGAGGCUCUAAGCAGAUUCCACCUGCUGCACAGGUUGAGCUGAGUCCAGUCCAUUCAUUACUGACCCCUACUCAACCCCUGGAGAAAUCCACCCAGCCCUCCCCACGCAUCCUUCCAGACCUCCAGGGGGUGCAGAGAGGUGUCAUGAACAAAUCCAGCCCGGCAUCGUUUGAAAGGAGGUCUGUCAUUUCUGUGACAAUGAGCCAAUCUUCUCACAUAUCUGUGAGCAACAUGGCCCUGAUGUGCACUGAACUAGAGAAAACACCAGCAAGCCAGAAAGGAAGUAAGGUUGAGAGACUAGAAUUUAAGUCAGGUCCAACAGCCAUCCACAAGCAUCUCACCCUGAGCCAGUCCGCUAGUCUUUCAGAGAGAGAUGAGGACAGUGAGGAGGACAAAGAGAAUAAGGCUCCUUCUCCUUCACAGCUAGCUCUGAAAAUGAAGCCUAGAAAGCUGUUUGUGCAUACUAAUAAAUGCUUCACUACUAGUAAGGGUCCCAAUAUUAAACCGCUGGUGAAGGAUCAGAGCAGCUCAGAGGAAGAAGAGGAGGACAUAGUCACAGAGAACGGGAGAAGAAAGAGAAGUUACCAGAGAGGCCUGAAUAAAAGGGCCAAGGAAACAACAAUAUCCACUGAGGAAGUGGAGACACUGUCAUCUUGCACAAGGUCCAGCUGCAGGCAUGCCAGCGUGGAGGCAGACAUAGACCUGACCCAGCCUGCUCAGCAGGUGGGCUUUAUCUGCCAUCAGUUCAGCUCAGAGCUUAAGAGGAAGAUCAAGAAUCGCUGCAGGACAAUGGAUCUUUACACCAGGCAGACUUUGAAGACCUUAGGGCAGCACAUGUCAUCUGUCAGCGUCCAAGUGCACCAGUACAGUACUCAGAGGCUGGAGAAAGUUAAACAAGUCCUGUUGAGCGAAAUAGCAAACCUGGAGCAAGAUGACAUUGUUUUGAGAAGCAUGGAAGAGGAAUUGACGACUUACUGGGAGAAGCAGACCUUGGCCUUCCACACUUACCAAGAAAAAGGAACCGAGAGAUUACAGCAGUUGAAAAGCACCAUUCAGACUGACGUGUGUGAUAGUCUAGAGUAUGAGAAACAAGUCUUCUCUGUGGAGAUGUCUUUGAUGAAGAAUAGCAUGAAGUCAGUUCAGGAGCAUUUCUUCAAAGAAAUACACGAGGAAGAGUUGACAAGUGUGCGAAGAGGACUGCAAUCCUUGUUCUUCCCUGAUGCAUCGAGGUUCUGACCUGAGGGGAAAAAAUCUACCGUUUGGAAAUUACUUUAAACUAUUCCUAAAACCUGUUUAUAUGCUUAGAUAUUAUUAAUGUUAUGUUCUUUUAAAAUAGUACCACUCAAAAGGUUGAAUAUUUGUACUUGAUGCCAUUUAUUCUAGUCUGCUUGAAACAAUGGUUGGCUGUACAUAGUUUUAGCGCACAUAUUUGCUUGUGGUUUUUAAUAUGAAUAAUGAAUAGUUGUGAAAAGCAAAUAAGUAAAUGUUAUAGGUAAUGUAAGACGAUUUAUUUCUAACAUCCCACCUCAUAGAAAUCAACUUUAGAUGUAUGUGCGCAGAAAUUAAAAAGGGAUACUACAUUCUGAAACCAUCCUAAGUCUUUUUUGCAUUUACAGUAGCAAGGGCCUGAAUAAGCAAACUUCAUGGGUUCAAUUGAUGGGAGAUGUUGAAAAAUAAAAGAGAAAAAAUUA